UUGGCGUCAUUUUGCACUCCACUUCCCAUACCGCUGGAACUUACCUCUUCCUCUCCCUAUCUUUCUCUCUCUCUCUCUAGAAUCAGUCAGUAUCAAUCUUCAAAAUCCCAACUUUCUCUCCUUACCCAUGGGUAGCACCAGAGAUAGAGACGAACUACUAACGUUCGCCAACAACCCAUCAUCUUCCUCGUCUCCGAUCACUGUUUCCGACCAUCUUGACAGCUUUCUCGGGGAUUCCAACCCUCAGUCGGGUAGUUUUCAGAGCGAAAGCUUGCUUGGUGGAGGAGACAGCGGGUGUAGCAGUAGCGACGCGGAGUACGGCUUCACUCGGCCUGAUUUCAGACUGAGUCAACUCGCUGGGACCGUAGAGUUCUAUGGGAGGCAUGUUUUCUUGUGUUAUAAGAACCCUUCUGUGUGGCCGCCGAGGAUCGAGGCAGCGGAAUUUGAUCGGUUGCCCAGAUUGCUCUCUGCUGCUGUAUCGGCUAAGAAAGGGGCUAUGAAGAAAGAGACCCGCUUGACAAUAUGUGAAGGUCAUGAUGGAACAGAGACAUCAAACGGGGACGUACUAAUAUUUCCAGAUAUGAUGAGAUACAGGAGGUUAACUCAUUUUGAUGUUGACACAUUUGUCGAUGAAGUACUUGUUAAAGAUGGUGAAUGGUUACCGGGAACUCCUGAAACCUUAAAGGGCUCAUAUGUUUUUGUAUGUUCUCAUGGGUCCCGUGAUCGUCGUUGUGGAGUUUGUGGACCUGCAUUGAUCAGUAGGUUCAGAGAAGAGAUAGAACUGCGUGGUCUUCAAGGUAAAGUGUCUGUAAGCCCAUGUUCGCACAUUGGGGGCCACAAGUAUGCAGGAAAUGUUAUUAUAUUUGGAUCCAACAUCAAUGGAGCAGUCACUGGGCAUUGGUAUGGUUAUGUGGGUCCAGAUGAUGUACCACUAUUGCUUGAGCAGCAUAUUGGGAAAGGAGAAAUUGUUGACUGGCUAUGGAGGGGUCAGAUGGGUUUGUCAGAAGAACAACAGAGGAAGUCGCAAGAACUGAGGAUCCAACUCAAUGGACAGGUACAUACAGAAUUAAACAAAGAAGUGACACAGAAACCACAGAAGACAAUUUCACAUAUCACUGGUGGCAAACCCACACGGAAGACAUGUCUCACACCAACAUGGUUAGAGAGCUGGGAGCGUGAUGACUAUGCUGCUUUGGCUGUUAUUUGUGCUGCUGCAUCAGUUGUCUUUGCCUAUAGCUGCUACAAACAAUUGUGACAAAGCUUUGAAUAGGAAUCAAUUCUUUUAUAUAUCUUGUAAUUGCCCCUCCACAACAAGAAUUUAGAGGGAAAUGCAUUAACACUGAGAUUCUUAAUGGUGCUUGAAGUGGGAAAAGGUUUGUACAAAAUUGGUAAGCAAAUGUGUAAGAAAUGUUAGCCAGGGGAAUCAAGCGACCAUCUUUGAGUUUCAGCUGUGUUUUCUGGAAGCUUGACAGCUGAACUACUAGAGGUUUGAAUCUGUGCAUAUAUUAGCAGCUUAAAGUUGGAUGUAGUGGAGAUUGUAGACUUUGCUUCAAUUUGCUUUCGGGAAUUCUGGUUUGUACUAUAUGUCAGUUGGAAUAACGAUAAGUAUGCCCCACCAAAGGGAGAAGAAAAAAAAAGAAUGAAAUCUAAAAUCUCAUUCAAACUUUUUCUCUUCCUUUUCUUUCUAAUUGGGUCAUGUUUCUAAUUAUUCUUACUGUUGAAGAGUGAAUCCCUGUAAAGCUACCCCAUUUAGUUGUAAGGACAAAGUCUGGUAUAUUAGUAUAUUCAUAUGCAGGCAUUAGAGCUGUUGAAGGGUCUCAGAGAGCCGUUUAUAUGUAUUGCUGGAAGAUUUUAGUAUUAAUGUUUCUGGUGCUGAA